CUUCAGUUCCUUUUGCAGGAAGAUCUCAGAAUCACAAGGAAACUAACCCCAAACAUGAGCCUCGCAUGUAACAUCGUAGCCAGCUGCCUUCUGCUUUUCAUCCUUUCCACCCAAGGUGCGGCUCCUGAAAAUGAUCUCUUCUGGGGUACCCUGGGUCAGGACAUCAACAUGGACAUUCCUGGUUUUGAAACGAAUGAUAGUAUAGAAGAUAUAACAUGGGAAAAAGACAAAAAGAGGGUGGCCCGGUUCCAAACUAGGAACAAGCCUAAGAAUCAAGAUGACAAAUAUAUUGUAUCGGUGAACGGAACUCUGAAAAUUAAACAGCUGAGGAUGGAGGAUGAAGGUGCCUACAAAGUCCUUAUGUAUAAUAAGAAUGGAAAGAAUGAGUUGGAAAGAACAUUUCAACUGAAGAUUCAAGAGAAGAUCUCAAAACCUAAGAUCACCUGGAAUUGUACUGCCAAAAUGCUGUUCUGUGAGGUAGUGAAUGGAACUGACAUUGAACUGAAACUGUAUCUCAAUGAGAGCAAAGUCAGAACGGCUCCUUCGAAGAACAUCUCCCACCCGUUGAAAAACAGGUGGAAGAAGACAUCAGUCAAGUGCACGGCAAAGAACAAAGUCAGCGAGGAAAGCACUGUGGAGACCAGCAGUUGCUCAGAGAAGCAUCUGGACAUCUAUUUCAUUAUUGGCAUUUGUGGAGGAGGCACCAUCUUCGUCAUCUUUAUGGCUCUACUCAUCUUCUACAUCAACAAAAGGAAAAAACAGAACCAGAGGAGGAAUGGGGAAGAGCUGGAGAUAAGAGCGUGCCGAGUGACCACGAAGGAAAGGGGCCUGAAGUCCUGCCAGGUCCCGGGAUCGACUCCUCAAAGUCCAGCCGCGUCCGGGCCCCCUCCACCGCCUAGUCACCGGCCCCAGGCCCCUGGCCACCGGCCACCGCCCCCUGGCCACCGGGCCCAGCACAACCAGCAGAGAAAGGCCCCUCCUCCUCCAGCGACGCAGGUGCAUCAGCAGAAAGGCCCGCCCCUCCCCAGGCCUCGAGUGCAGCCCAAAGCUCAGCGUGGGGCCACAGGAAGCUCGUAACCCUGUCUCUGGCCACGGUUGUCCCCGUCCUCACGCUAAGAGAGAGAGAAAUCAUUCUUUCCCAUAAAGGCACCGUGGAGUUUCUCCGCUGUGAGCGUGAGCACCUGCACUUCCAUCGAGUGUGUUCUGCGGUCGGAUUGUCACCCCCUGGGCGCCUGCCUGGGCCGCGGCCAUGUCUGCGUCUCCUAGCUCGCCCACGUGCUCUAACACCUGGAGCCUCUGGGCUCCUCAGAGAUUCUUGUCACACCUGCAAGGGCUGGCCGUGCGGGUGCCGGCCUCGGGAGGGGGGGGCCACUGGCCUCCGAGUCCUCGCCUCCCCUUCAGAUCAUGUGCAGAUGUGAGAUGUCCUGUGCUCUGGGGCCUGGCUGCAAGCCAUCUGCCAGCUCAGAGACACCCUUGGGCUUCUUCUGUCCCUGGUGGAUGCUUGCCUGCCAUCUGGGAGGCAGAAGUGAAAUAAAAGCUUUCAUUUGA